AUGGUUAAAUUUGUGGAUCCUGCCCUCGCUUACAAAACAUUAAAUGGUCUGAUUUGUGUUUACAAACCUUCUUGUGUAUCAGUGCGGCAUGUACAACAUAUUAUUGUAACAAAAUUAUGUAAAGAUCUUAAUGCUCUACCAGAUAGGCCUCUAGAGAAAAGAGUUGAAAUUGUUGGCGCCUCAAAUGGCCCAAUGGAAGUUAGAUUACUUCCUAACUAUGCAGAUAAUCCUUUAGUAUGUGGACCAAGAUAUAUGCCAAGCGACUUUAGAUGUAGCUGGGCAACUCACCUAGGACUAUUUAGUAGUGGAGUUUUAUUAUUAGGGAUUAAUGAUGGUACUAGACUCACUUUUCAAAUUAACACAGCAAGAUUAACAAGAGCUUUCAAAGUACAUGGAUAUCUUGGUAAAGCAACAGAUACUUAUUUUUGGCAUGGAAAAACUGUAGAGAAGACUACAUUUGGUCAUGUGACAAGAGAAAAGAUAGAUAAAGUUGUUGCUCAUAUGCAAGCUGCACAUCAGAAAACAAUGUAUCAAUUAUCUGGUCUACAUAUGGAUUCACAGACAACUUAUGAGCUAGCAUCACAAGGUUUGAUACGGCCAGCAAAUAGCAAAUUACCUGUCAUUUAUGGAAUUAAAUGUGUUCAUUUUGAUCCACCCAAUUUUACAUUAGAAAUACAAUGCGUAAAUGAAUAUGAAAAAUAUUUAUGGACCCUAAUACACGAUUUAGGCAUACAAUUGAAGACCUCUGCACAUUGUGUUGGAGUUCAAUGUAUUCGCCAUGGAAAGUUUGACCUUCAGCUAGCACUCUUAAGGAAACAUUGGCAGUUAGAUAAUAUUAGUGACAAUAUGGAUAGUUGUCGCCAGAUUAUGGAAGAAAAUGAACAUUUAUUAAAACCUAAAUCUGCUCAUCUAAGUGCG